CAAAACACRGCCCACCACACCAGUUGAUCCGUUGAUCGAAAAAUCACCACGAGCGCAAGUUCGGYAGCACCACGACCCACCGUUCGCCGCCACGAUGGACGAACACGACGACGACAUGCUGUACGACGACGACUACCGGCCGCCCACGAGCGGGGGGGAUGGUCCGGGCCUUAGGGGGGAAGGUCCCGGUGCCGUGGUGGCCACCCCGGAAAGCCGGGCCACGGGCGCGGCUCGCUACGACGGCAAAGACGACGACAACGACAACGACGACGAUCCCCUGGCGCAGGCCGAGGCCGCGGCCGCCGCCGCGGAGGUGGCCGCCAUGGAGGGAGGAACCGGCCCCUCCGCAAGCGSCCGGGGGCGGGACGCGACGGCCGACCGGGCCCUGAUGGGGGCCCACCAGGACGCCGACGGCGGGGACAACGCCGUGGCGGCCUACGAGGUCCUGGACGAGAGCGGGGAGCUGGUCCGGGGGGCCUUUGAGGAGUUUCUGCAAAACUAGUGAGUCCGGCAUGGGAUGGCGUGGCACGACAUGGCAGAACAUGGCAUUGCAUGGCACCGCGGGAGUAGAGUGGGCGUAGCAAGGCUGUGUUUGUGUUUCUCUUUGUCGUUGAUGUUGUUUGGUGUUCUUUUUGCUGCGUUGUGUGCUGCGCUUUGUGCUGCCGCUAUGAUGCGCCCAGGAAAGACAUGAUAGGAAACACACGGCAACUCAAGAGRGAUUAUUUGGUCAUUACAUGAAACAAAAAGCAAAUCGAUCGAUCGAUACUUACUAGAUUCGGUUCAUUCGAAAUGGUCUCAAACCGCACGAGACUCAAAUUUUCGAAUGCAUUUUCAUUGUCUCUCACACACGCCUUGAAUACCAAAUUCACUCUAAUUUUGUCGAAAUCAACUCAACUUCGUUCUACGAAAUCCAAUCCAAUGCAACGCAAUCCAAUACAACUCUGGAACUAACAGCAAACAAGCAGUCAACACGGACGAUGGUGAACAGCAGCAGCAGAGCCACGAUGACAGCGACAGCGAACACAGCACCGAAUACAUCUAUCCCUACCAGGAGCAAGCCGAUUUGCUGGCCAAGCGACAACUGAAACGCCGGCAAUACAACGCCAACAAUGCCUUUCASGAGGACAGCGACGACGAGGACGAGGAGGACAACCGCCACAAUUCGUCCCACGGAUUCGCCAAYACGCUCUUUGUCAAUUUCGCGCACUUGCUCAGGGACGAUCCGGAACUCGCCGAGGCCAUCCAGGGGGAGUUCUGCCGGUUCGAAAUGCACCUUCGCAGGGCCGUUUUGGGCUUUGUUGUGGACCGGCACCCGUCCCUGAACCGGUACAUCGAGCGGGGGAACGGCGGGGGGGGAAGGGGCAACAACACCCCGACGGAUCCCCUCGUCUUUUUCGUCGCCUUUUACAACUGCCUCCCGAGCCAAAUGAAAUCGGUCCGGGGCCUCCGGAUGGAACUGGUGGGGUCACUGGUGAGCCUACAGGGAACCAUCACCCGGACCUCGGACGUCCGGCCGGAGCUGCUGGUGGCCUCCUUUCGGUGCGAUAAGUGCGGUUUGCUGGCCGAAAAGAUCCCCCAGAACUACCACUUUACCCGCCCUACGCUGUGCCGGAACCCCCGCUGCAAGAACAAGUCCCCCAUGCGUUUUACGCUCGAGGCCACCCGAUCGGAGUUUGUCGACUGGCAGAAGCUCCGGGUGCAGGAGUCCGCCCACCAGAUCCCUUCGGGAUCGAUGCCCCGGUCGACGGACGUCAUCCUUCGGAACGAAAUGGUCGAGCGCUGCAAGGCCGGGGACAAGUGCGUCUUUACCGGGACGCUGGUGGUGCUACCGGACGGGAGCGCCCUGGCCCGGKCCGGGGACUCGGUGACCUCCACCAAGGCACCGGGCUACAAGACGAGCGACGCGGCCUCGGGGGGCGGCGGCGGGGUCAAGGGCCUGUCCGCKCUGGGGGUCAGGGAGCUGACCUACCGGACCUGCUUCGUGGCCACUUCCGUCAUGAGCCUCGAAUCGACCAAGCAGGCCAACACCAACGAGCAGGUCAUGGCGGGGGCCCUGUACGGAACCACCAGUGACCGGUCCGCCUCCCUGGACGACGACCCGACCACCAAGCAGGUAGCGAUGGAGAUGACGACCGCCCAGCGGGCCGAGCUCCGGGCCAUGCGGAACUCCCCGCGCCUGUAUGAGCAGAUGGUCGAUUCGUUGGUCCCCGCCACCUUUGGGCACCGGGAGGUCAAGAAGGGGAUUCUCCUCAUGCUGCUGGGGGGUGUCCACAAGACGACGGGCGACGGGAUCAAGCUGCGGGGGGACAUCAACUGCUGCAUCAUCGGGGACCCCUCCACCGCCAAGUCGCAGUUCCUCAAAUACGUCCAUUCCUUUCUGCCGAACCGGACCGUCUACACCUCCGGAAAGGCCUCGUCSGCGGCCGGUCUCACGGCGGCSGUCCAGCGGGAUUCCGACACGGGUGAAUUCUGCRUCGAGGCCGGGGCCCUCAUGCUGGCCGACAACGGGAUCUGCUGCAUCGACGAGUUUGACAAGAUGGACGAGCGCGACCAGGUGGCCAUCCACGAGGCGAUGGAACAGCAGACGAUCUCCAUCACCAAGGCCGGGAUCCAGGCCACCCUCAACGCCCGGGCCUCGAUCCUGGCGGCCGCCAAUCCCAUCUAUGGCCGUUACGACCGCACCAAGACCCUCAAGGCAAACGUGACGCUGUCGGCCCCCAUCCURAGCCGAUUCGAUUUGUUUUUCGUAGUGCUCGACGACUGCAACCCGGAAACCGACCGUCAGGUCGCCAAGCACAUUCUGAAGGUYCACCGCGGCGAGGACCACGACGAUCCCGCCAAAAAGGCCCCCUUUACGAUGGACCAGAURCGCCGGUACAUCAAGUUUGCCCGGACCCUGCACCCAAAAAUCACGCCGGAGUCCCAAAGGGUCAUGGUGGAGUGCUACCGCAAGCUUCGACAGGGGGACUCGCUCGGSCGGUCCCGGUCGGCCUACCGGAUCACCGUCCGCCAGCUAGAGUCGAUGGUCCGGCUGUCCGAGGCCCUUGCCAGGCURCACUGCUGUGACGAGAUCACCCCGGCCUUUGUCCGGGAGGCCUACCGGCUGCUCAAGACUUCGAUCAUCCAGGUGGAAACCAGAGACAUAGAAGUCGACGACGACGACGAUGAUUAUGGCGAUUACGGCGGUGGCGAUGGGGUACUGGAGCAAGGGGACGACGGCGACGASGACAGCGACAACGGCGGCGGACCGGACUCGCAGAUGCCGGACAGCCAGGGGCUGGAAACACAGCAACCGCAACACGUCUACCGACCGGGAGAAUACGUUGGAGAGGAGCGACAGCCAGCGGAGCCACCAGCCGCCAGCGAUGAAGGAGCGGGAGACACGGCCCCUGGGAUGGAUGCGACGGGGGUGAGCCCKCCAGAACCAAAGGCCGAAACGGACGACUCGGGAGCAAAAGCGGGCAAGAAAAAGAAGAAGAAAAAGAAGAAAACCAAGAUUUCCUUCGAGGAAUACGAGGCCAUUACGAACGCCAUUGCCUGCCACCUCCGGGCCCUGGAGGAGGAGCAGAUCGAGAAGUCGGUUGGGGGCGCGAUAACCGACCAGACCUACUGGACCUGGAAGCAGGCCUCGRACUGGUAUCUSGAGCAGGUCGAGCGCGACAUUGGGGACUCUGUGGAGCAGCUCGAUGCGAUGCGGAAAAAGGUAAACCUGGUGAUCAAGCGUCUCAUCGAGGUCGACCGGAUCCUAGUAACCGUGGGGGACGUUCCCAGGAGCAAAAAGGAAGAAGGGAAAACACUGCUGGCGGUCCACCCAAACUACGAAAUCAGCUAGUGGAAGUCUUUCGGAAGUUAAAAGAAACUGGUACUUGUUUUGUCCCUCAAGUCCUUACACGAUGCGUGUGGGUUUCUUCGACUUCGCUGUUGGUCCGCAACUCAUUGCUCUUUGCUUGUUUAUCAACACAAUAAGAUUCCGAAGUCAACUWUUGGCGCUCUAAKUAUUCGUAUUAGUGUCUACUAGAAAAAAAUUCUCAAAAWCAGGGGAAGACGACACGGGAAAAUGGCGCUAGACCAGCAGAUUGCCAAGUCAGCAUAUUCCACAUUCGUACUAGUCUUCGCAAGCAAAAUGGCAUCCAAAACCGAUGAAAACUCGUUUUUGUAUCGACACUCAAGGAACAAAACGUUGUGUCUGCCGUAGGUAUGAAUAUUGUUUGAAUACUUUUUUUUCAAUGAAGAAUAAAGACUAGAAGAGUAA